AUGCAUCUGGGUCUUGCACUGCUCCAGAACGAAGCUGCUCUGGCAGAGUGUCUGCAAGAUCCUCCUGAAGAUGCUGGGCCAGAGAGGGUGGCUAUGCGAGGCUUUUUUGAGGACCUUAUCACAAGAGAUGACAAGUCAGAGGAAUAUGAUCCUUUCAAGGAAGAGCCUGCACCUAGUGGAAGCGCAGAUGAUGUUGCAGAGCAGCCUGAACUUGAGCAAGGUGGUGGCUGCCAUGAAGAAGAAUGGGAAGAAGUUGCUGUAGAGAAGGAUGUGGACCAAGACUCAGAAGUGGAGCACUACACCAGUUACUAUGAGCAGCACUAUGUCACCACAGCUGAUGGCCAGAGUUUGCAGGAUUGGGCCACUCACUCUGACAAUGGUCCUACUGGUGCUUGGGAGAGGCCUGCUGCCAUCAAGGAGGAGUGGGUUGACCAGGCCAAUGAAUGGACCAGUCCCUCUUCACAAUGGGAUUCUGCUCACCCCACUGGAUGGGUAAGUGCCUCCAGUCAGCACCAAUGGACCAGUGAUGAGUCCAAAGGAUUGGAUACUUCCACCAAGCAAUGGGCCAGUGACCCCAACCAAUGGAGCAGUGCAGAGUCCAGUGAAUGGGGCACUGCCACCAAUCAAUGGGCCAGUGACCCCAACCAAUGGAGCAGUGCAGAGUCCAGUGAAUGGGGCACUGCCACCAAUCAAUGGGCCAGUGACCCCAACCAAUGGAGCAGCGCAGAGUCCAAGGAAUUGGACACUGCCACCCAGAAAUGGUACCCAGGCCAGUUUCAGGCAGAGCCAUCUGCAAAUGACUUCCACUCCAAAGAGCCCAUGGUUAAGGAAGAACUUGAAGGUGAAGACACUUCUUCUGGUGCCAUGGGUGUGGCUGAGAUGACAGGCAAUGCUGGAGCUAUGUUGCUGGAGACUGCGCUGUUGGCUGUGUGCCUUUUGCUGCUAAAGUUAGUUGCCUACCUCAAGCAGUUCUUGGAGGCCAUGAACAAUAUGGCUUUGCUCAUGCAUCAGGUGGUGCAAAAGCUCGACUCUGCUGUGAGUACCUUGAGAACAAUGGAACACUUAGAAGACAGCACCAACCAGGCAGUGUACUGCCAGGGUGGACAAGUGCAAGGCAUAUACGACAAGCUUGUGGAGAUGAAGGUGAAACUGGACAUCCUGGUGGAACCUAGCAUUUGUAUGAUGGAGGAAGUUUGCCACACAGGCAGCAGCAAUGACAUGGCCUGA